AAGUGAUGUCACGAAAGCCUCUUGGGUCCGCAUGGGCUGCGCAGAUAGUUUUCCGGGUCAGAAUUGGUCUCCAUGGCGGUGUUGGCAUCCAACCCUAACAACCCGGUGGUGUUUUUCGAUGUCACCAUCGGAGGCCAGGAGGUCGGCCGCAUGAAGGUGGAGCUCUUCGCCGACGUGGUGCCCAAGACGGCGGAGAACUUCAGGCAGUUCUGUACCGGUGAAUUCAGGAAAGAUGGUGUUCCCAUUGGUUACAAAGGCAGCACAUUCCACAGGGUUAUAAAGGAUUUCAUGAUACAAGGAGGGGACUUUGUAAACGGAGACGGGACUGGAGUGGCCAGCAUAUACCGGGGUCCCUUUGCCGAUGAGAACUUCAAGCUAAAACACUCAGCUCCUGGCUUGUUGUCUAUGGCAAACAGUGGUCCCAGCACCAACGGCUGCCAGUUCUUCAUCACAUGCUCCAAGUGUGACUGGCUGGAUGGGAAGCAUGUUGUGUUUGGCAAAAUAAUUGACGGGCUACUCGUCAUGAGAAAAAUUGAAAAUGUGCCCACUGGUCCAAACAAUAAACCCAAGCUACCCGUGAUGAUUGCCCAGUGUGGUGAGAUGUAGGCAGUGGACCAUCAGGAAAAUUUCCUGCUUCCAGGAAAAUGUCCCCCUUCAACCUGGACCAGCAGAAACUCUCAGUCACUCCUUCCUUGCUGCCUUUCAUGCCUCAUUCAACCCGCAUUCCAUUCUGGUUAUUGUUUUUCCCCAUUGUAAAUAAAAAGGGUUGUAUUUAA